AUGCCCACAGCCUACGUCGAUGGAUGUUCCUACAACCACGAGGGCAUCCUAAAGGCAGGUGCUGGUGUUCUCUGGCUAAAUGAUCGACCCUGCCCACCACAACACUUCAAGCUGGGUCCACAAUCGUCACAAUAUGCUGAGAUAGCAGCUAUUCUCAUAACCCUGCAGAUAGCAUCAACCUGUAACAUCAGAGAACUGCUCAUCUGCACAGACUCCAACUAUGCCAGACUUGGCUUCACAUGCCAUCUUCCAGGCUGGAAGCAAAAUGGUUUCAAGACAGCAAACAACAAACCAGUUAAACACCAACACCUGUUCCAGGCAUGCGACGACAUCACAUGUGAACAUGAUAUGAUCGUCUAUUGGAAGAAAGUGAAAGGACACUCAAAGCAACCUGGUCCAGACAAGGACCUCAACGACCAAACGGAUGCCCUAGCCAAAGCAGGUGCACUACAUGGCGAGUUAUGGUCUCCACCAACCCACCCUUAA